AUGAGGUUUUCCAGACUGGCAAGUGGAGACAGGCACUGUUCCCAGCCCCAUGGCCGCAUCCACACCACCUGGCGGCCCGAGCUGCUCUCUGCCGGGCUCUCGGUGAGCCCCGAGAGCCUCACGGCCGGCCUGUGGCUUCCGUCCCUAGCCCCAGACGUCAGCAGAGGGAGCCUGGACCAGCUGAAGAGCGGUGUGCGGCAGCCCCCCACUCAGACCCUGCUCCCGGGGGUGCUGUGUUCACAGAGCGCACAGGCAGAGCACUCACAGCCCCCCACGGCCCUCCAGGGGAUCUGCUGCCACCUCCCUGCCGGGGCCCCGUGUCCUCCUCUGCGAAGCAACUACCCCGCUUAUAUGAUGAAGACAGAAUCACUGCCCGGCGGGCUGUUCCACUCCUCAUGCCUAACCAUCGGCAACAGAGACAGCAGACCCGCAAGCACUGCGGAGCGCAUAGGGGCAGAACCAGCCCUCCGGACUUCCGCCAGGACAGCCGCGAGCAGCCGGGAACCCGGGGACACCCGGACGCGGGCGCCCAGCGCCAGACCCGCGGGCCCUGGGCUGGGAGGGCCGUCCCGCGGCGGAGACUGCCCUGGGCUCGCCCGGCUCGGCCCGUCCGGGUCUCCCGAUGGCCCUUAG